AUGUUACAGCGUGCUUUUCAUGUCGGUACGCCGUUUGACCCUUUUCUGCUCGAGCGGCCCAAGGGCGCGCUUUGUCCGAAGGCUUGUCCACAGCCCAUGGCCCCAUUCAGCGGAGAUGACAAUUUGUCAAUAGAUGCCCUGGCCUCGCUGAACGGUUCGUUGGCCCGCCACACGGCCGCCCCGGGAUCAUUCUCGCGCUCUCACACUCUCACGCUGGUUCUGCGGCCAAAUCAUCCCCCCAUGCUGACGACAUCUCGUCCUGUAAAACCACGAGCGAUGCCGAGGCAAGCCCUGCGGAUAACCGCACAACAGACAGCACUCCUCGACAGCGUCACGUGUACGUGCAAAGAGAUGAUGGACUCUCGCAGGGCUGACCUGGUGUUUCAUCCCUCUCGCCUCCAUUCGGUGUAG